AUGUUUUAAACGAAGAAGUCAAAUAUAAAAUUAACUAUUGAUAAGAAAUUAUAUGCAUCCAUCUAAAAAAAUGUAACUGAAACUAAACCUGUUUAAGUAUAUCCCUCUAAGAAUCCUUCAAAAUGUUAGAAAGUAUCAAUUAUACUUAUUAAUAGAUAGAUACAACCAUAAAUCUAAAGCUUAAAACAAAGCAAUCUGAACCUAUUUUAAAAUAAAUUCCUUCACUAAUAAAUUAAAGGAAAAUAAGCGAUAAUUAACAACUGCCAAAUUCAGCAGAAUAAACAAAAUAUUAUGAAGGCAAUUCUUAGCUGAUACAAUAGUUAAUAUAAGAAAAUAUUAAACUAAAAAAAUAAAACUUAGCCAAAGAUUCAAUCAUUAAUUAAUUGAUAACAAAUAAUGACACAUCAAAAGUUAAUUUAUUAAGAGCAAGCACAUCCCAGACUGAAAGAAAUUGCCAUAAAUUACUUAAGUAACAAAAUAAGUAAAAAUCUUACAAAUAUUUAGUUAGAAGAAUACACGUAAGAGUAUGGGAGAACUCUCCUCAUUAGGAUUUACAUUUUGUAACACAGAACAAAAAAACUAUUAAAUAGAAUCUGAAUAAUUCUCUAUUAAAUCUUCAAAAAGUCCUAUUAAAUUACCAAAAGAAUUUUAGAUAAUACCAAAUCAAAAAAAGUUUUUUGUAUGA